CUUGGAAGAAUCUUAUGCGGAGCUAGAGUGAUUAGAGACCCCUAACAUCUUUGCGGAUGGGCAGAAGCGACGGAGAAAUUCUACUGUACAUGACUGGCUGCUGAGGCGGCGCGGGCAAAAAGCACUCACUUCACCUUGCCUUACCUCAUCCUCUGAGGCGACACGCUCUGAAUGAAAGGGAAUUGUUUGCCGCCUGCCUGCGGGUAAAGGCUGGACUCCCCCACUCCGCACUGCCGCCUUGCCUUUCUUAGCGGGUGGAGGAGGCAGUGUCGGCUCCGCUAGGGGGUGCGGUCUUCUUGUCUCCGCCCCGGAAGGACGCGCCGGCCCGGCUGAGGCAGCGGCGGCGGCUGAAGACCAGCAGUAGGGGCGGGGGUUGGCUUCCCGGGCCCGGGCCGGGCCAUGGGGAAGGAGCAGGAGCUGCUGGAGGCCGCUCGCACCGGGAACCUACCCGCCGUGGAGAAGCUGCUGUCGGGCAAGCGCCUCAGCUCGGGCUUCGGGUCCGGUGGCGGCUCCGGGUCCUCGGGGGGCGGCGGCGGCGGCAGCAGCAGCGGGGGCGGCGGCGGCGGGGGGCACCCGCUCUCCAGUCUUCUCAGCAUUUGGAGAGGACCAAAUGUGAACUGUGUUGACAAUACUGGAUACACUCCACUGCACCAUGCUGCGCUGAAUGGUCACAAGGAUGUGGUGGAAGUUCUGUUGAGGAAUGAUGCAUUAACCAAUGUGGCUGACUGCAAAGGCUGUUAUCCUCUUCAUUUGGCAGCCUGGAAGGGAGAUGCCGAGAUAGUGAAACUUCUAAUACACCAGGGACCAUCUCAUACUAAAGUGAACGAGCAGAAUGCUCUUGAGAUCAAAGAACUCAAAAAGUACGGCCCCUUUGACCCCUAUAUCAAUGCCAAGAAUAACGACAAUGAAACGGCCCUGCACUGUGCAGCUCAGUAUGGCCAUACAGAGGUGGUGAAGGUUCUCCUGGAGGAGUUGACUGACCCUACCAUGCGCAAUAACAAGUUUGAGACUCCACUUGAUUUGGCUGCACUCUACGGGAGAUUAGAGGUUGUGAAGAUGUUGCUCAAUGCCCAUCCCAAUCUUCUGAGCUGCAAUACUAAGAAACAUACCCCCUUACAUCUUGCAGCUAGGAAUGGCCAUAAAGCUGUAGUUCAUGUCCUCCUGGAUGCUGGCAUGGAUAACAAUUAUCAGACAGAAAAAGGCAGUGCUUUGCAUGAGGCUGCUCUGUUUGGCAAGACAGAUGUGGUACAGAUACUACUUGCUACAGGCAUUGAUGUGAGUAUAAAGGAUAACCGAGGCCUGACAGCUUUGGAGAUUGUGAGAGAACUUCCUUCUCAGAAAAGUCAACAAAUAGCAGCUCUCAUUGAAGAUUGCACAACUGCGAAGAAGGCUGCAAAAGCAGAAGAGAAAACACCACCAGCACUGACUACUUCUACUGAUACCUCAGUUCGGAUACCUCAAGGGAAUGUGGAGAAAGCAGUGACAGAACUGAUCGUAGACUUUGAUGGGAAGCCGGAGGAGUGUCCAUAUGAAGUCUUGUACAAUGCAACAUCCUGCCAUUCUUUGGACAGCUUGGCCAGUGGAAGAUCUUCAGACAGAGACUCAGUGAAUAGGGAAGCGGAGAUGACCAGUGUUAAAGUGACAGGAAGAGAGCGUCCACCCCCUCCUGCUAAGCCACCGCCUGAUGAAGAAGAGGAACAGGUGGAAAAGAAACGAAGUACAUCCUCUAAAGGUGUGGUCACCAAGAGGAAAAGUAGGGGAAGCACAGCCGAUGAAGAGGAGGAACAUCCUUAUGAGCUGCUGCUAACAGCAGAAACUAAAAGGCAUGUUGUCAUGGACAAAAAAACUAAAGGUGAAUCAUCUUCAGGUGCUGCCAGCAGUGUCCAGCCUCAGGCCUGGCCAAGAAAAGGCCCCUCUUCCCAGGAUAGCCAAUGGCCACUGAAUUGCCAAGGGUCUUCUGACCUUGCUUGUAGCCAUCCUGAGCAGUAUCCAAGUCCUGAAUCCCACUUAAUGGAGGUCUCAAAAGACCAAAGGAAGAGCAGCAGUAGCCACAGCCAAGCAGAUGCCCAGGAUGUUCAAGUGCUGGAUCAGUUCUCAGGUCUUCUGCAUGGUUCUUCUCCGGUGUGUGAAAUAAAUGAGGACCCUUUCAGAGUCAUUUCUGCUGUGGGUAAAGGAAGUACAGAGGGGACUGCUAUGCAGCUUGAAGAUGUUGAGGCAUCUGGAUCGGUACAGACUAGCACUGGAGACCAAAAUAAAGUGGUCUACUCAACAAUUCAUCAUACCAGUGACAACAAGUUGGACCCUGAAAGUUUAGCGCAUCCUCACUUGCCACAGCACUUCAGUAGUGCUGAAGAAGGAGACAAGAGCAGUGUUGUGGGCAGAGUCCACUCAGGGGGCAAGCCCAGAGCGGAACUCAAACUUAGCCGUAGCUUGUCAAAAUCUGACUCUGACCUUUUGACCACCUCUCCAACUGAGGACGAUACUAUGGGAAGCAGAAGUGAAUCACUUUCCAAUUGUAGUGCUGGGAAAAAAAGGCUGGAAAAAUCACCUUCGUUUGCUUCAGAGUGGGAUGAGAUCGAGAAAAUCAUGAGCUCCAUCGGAGAAGGCAUUGACUUUUCUCAGGAACAGCAGAGGAUUUCAGGUUCGCGGAUGCUGGAGCAGAGCGUUGGGGAGUGGCUGGAGUCCAUCGGCUUACAGCAAUAUGAGAGUAAACUGCUUCUCAAUGGCUUCGAUGAUGUCCGCUUCCUGGGCUGUAAUGUUAUGGAAGAUCAGGACCUUCGGGAGAUUGGCAUUAGUGACCCACAGCACCGCAGAAAACUUCUCCAGGGAGCACGUUCUCUUCCUAAGGUGAAAUCCCUGGGCUGUGAUGGGAGUCAGCCUUCUGUUCCUGCCUGGCUUGACUCCUUGGGGCUGCAGGAUUACAUUCAAUCAUUUCUGUCAAGUGGCUACAGCUCUAUAGAUUCUGUAAAAAAUCUCUGGGAACUAGAAUUAGUAAAUGUGCUCAAGAUAAAUCUUCUUGGCCAUCGUAAGCGUAUAAUAGCCUCUCUAGCAGACAGGCCAUAUGAGGAGCCCCCCCAGAAACCACCACGAUUCUCCCAGUUGAGAUGCCAGGAUUUUAUAUCCCAGACAUCCUCACCCCUGAGCCAGAGUGACUCCUGCACAGGGAGGUCUGCAGAUCUCCUGCUACCUUUGGGGGAUGGUGGAAAGAAGAGGCAUGAGGGCAGCCACGACAUUGCAUCUUAUCCCAGAGCUGACAGACUCAAGGCUCAGGAGGAACGCCGUGAAUCCAAACUUACACUCCGACCUCCAAGUCUGGCUGCUCCAUAUGCCCCUGUCCAACACUGGCAGCAUCAACCAGAGAAACUUAUAUUUGAGUCCUGUGGGUAUGAAGCCAAUUAUUUAGGAUCCAUGUUAAUCAAAGAUCUUCGAGGGACAGAAUCUACCCAGGAUGCCUGUGCAAAGAUGAGGAAAUCUACAGAGCAUAUGAAGAAGAUUCCAACCAUAAUAUUAUCUAUCACUUACAAAGGAGUGAAGUUCAUAGAUGCAUCUAACAAGAACGUUAUUGCUGAGCAUGAAAUCCGAAACAUCUCCUGUGCUGCCCAGGACCCAGAGGAUCUCUGUACGUUUGCCUAUAUCACCAAGGAUUUGCAGACCAGCCACCACUAUUGUCAUGUCUUCAGUACCAUUGAUGUAAAUCUGACAUAUGAAAUCAUUCUGACGUUGGGGCAAGCAUUUGAAGUAGCCUACCAGCUGGCCCUCCAAGCCCAAAAAUCAAAACCCCCAGGUGCUUUGACAGCUGAAAUGAUAGAAACAAAAUCUUCAAAACCGGUGCCUAAACCUCGAGCCAGCAUGAGGAAAUCAGCAGUGCCGCUCCCUCCCGAUAGUCGCUGUUGUUACUGUCACACCUGUACUACACACCGUCCCUCCUAUCUGCCGCUGCAAUCUGUUAGUCAAGGAGCUAAGCUGGAGCCAUCUGAAGUGGACCAAGACUCCCAGUCCCAUGCUAGUGUGUCCUGGGUUGUAGAGCCCAAACAGGAUUCCAAGAGGACCCUCAACACUAAGUAUGAGACAACUAUCUUCUGAAAACAAAUCCUGCAUCCAUCCAGUCUAACUGUGCCUUUGCAGUCUGAUCUGUCUGCUGUUCUAAAUUCCUUCCUCCCAUUGCUGGCACUAGGUGUGGCACCAUCAGAGGCAGAAGCGCUAGAAUACCAUAUGACUAAACAGCUUUUUGUAUCCGAUUUCUGCUGAACACUGUGAAUUCUUCUAACGGAAACAAGGGUAACUCACUGAGAGAGCCACCUGAUUUAGAUGUCUGUAAGGUGGGAGAAAGAAAGCCUAUGGGAAUCGAAUAUGUGGAUUUGGGAAACCACCUGGUAUUGCUUGACUUUCUCUUCAUUUUGACACUGUGAAUUUCUGGGGUGAAGUAGCACCCCACUGGCCUUUUCUAUUUAGUAUUCUUAAUCUUGGACUGUUUUAGAACUUGGUCUCCAAUAUGUACGUGCUGUCUCAAUCUAGAUUUAUACCUCCAUUCUGAGCCAUGGCCACAAACUGUUCCGACAAGUAGCGCACUUACCUGUCAUCUUGGAAGACGCUAAACACUGUGAUACAGCUUGCAAACCUCUUGCUCAACAGAUUUCCGAGCAUGGAUCCUGCUCACAGUCUUUGCUAACCCUGGAAACCUGAUUGCAUGGUAUAUUAUAAAAAGUCUACUAGAUAGUGUGAUUGCUCUUAUUAAGCUCUUACUCUUUUUUUCCCUAGGAGUCAGGCCUGGUAAAAAGAGAAUGCCCAACAUGAGUGUUCUCAGCUGUCUAUUAAGCAAAUGUGGUGUACCUUUCUCAUCCUCACUAUGAUUUGUUGUCAGGCCCUUCUGUUCAUGGUAACCAAUUUGCAUAAUCAAAAAUAAUUUUCUGGACUCUGCCUAGAUCAAACCUUUCAAAGGCAUAUGUCACUAAAUCAUUUACUCCGGCCAAAUAUUGACAGUUAACACCUUGGGGAUCUAGUAAAGAUGUAAAUUGGGAGAUAAGGGAUAUUAUGUGGAGCAUGACUGUGAAAAAUGUCCCCAUAUUACAGUGCUGGGUUGAGGAUGAUCUGUCCUUGCUCUUCUUUGCAUGAAGAACUAUCCAGGGCUGUAUAAUUCAAUCUUGUCCAUUGACAAAAUCUCAUACUGAUUGUGUUUCUAUUGAACCUGUCAUGUAUAGCAUUCUGGACACUUUGAAAGUAUAAAAACAUUUGCUAUUCACCUUUUUCCCCAGGUAGGCCAACAAUCUGUUGUGCUUGGCUUCUAGCAUCCUUCAGAUACAAGCUUUACCUAGAUCUUAAAACAAUAGCUGCAAAGGAAGGUUGACUGAGUUAUUACCAGUUUUGGAUAUUAAAAUUAAGGACUCUUAAAGAAAAGCAAUUAUUUCCCUUCUUUGAAGAGUUUAAAACUCAACAGCCCAUGUAGCUGAAUGCUAAUCACUGAUCAAUCAACUCUUAGUAACAUCUUUAGGAGUUAUUGGUGCUCAGUUCUUCUGAAAACCAUGUAACAUUGUACAUGCGCCUUUUAAUGGUGAACUAUUCAAGAGACAUCAGAGCAUUUAAAUAUGAACAGGUUUGUUCUAUACGGCAGUUACACACACAAAGCUGUGGCCGUGUUCAUAACUUUCCCUCAUAUGUUUUAUAUGAAUGAAAUCACUCAUUCCCUAUUAUUCUCUCCAUUAAUAUUGUCCCCAUUCUGUUUGCCUUCUGCCAAGCUGAACUGCAGACCAUCCACGUUCCUCCAUGGAAAUGUAGUAAAGGGCCAAAGCACUAAGAAGCAGUGAAACUCUGGCGGUAUGAAGAUCAGCACCUGGCUUUGGGAUGUGUCCUUGGCUGCUCCUUAAGGACUUCCAGGGUUGAGUGAAAAGGGAUUCCACCCACAAGCUCACAAAAAAGCAGUACGCAUUUCUAGCAAGAGAACUGAAACCGCUGAGGUUUCAAGAGACUGAUACUAUGUGUUUAGUUUGAAAGAUUUUCAUGCAGUGAUAUUGUCAAAUCACAAUUUCAGUAUAGCAUGUUGCAUUGAUGGAGAAUCUUAACUGCUAAAAGAAAACAUAUGAUAUGGCUGUCUUACAAAAUAGACUUAGAGGAUGCCAGAAUAUCAAAUGAUAUAUAGUACUUUUUAGCUUGGGAAAGCAGUGAGGAUUCCAAAGUCUCUGCAAUAAUAAACUUAUUAUGAAGGUACUGGAACCUAGGUAGAUAAUCAUACACACUUCAUAGCUACACUGAGCAUUUACAUGGGAAAUAGGGUGUUUUAACUAAAAUUUUCAGUGUAUAACCCUGCAGUGAUUGUUAUUGAACCAAAUCCUGAUACAAACCCUACUUUCAAUGCAAAGAACUGUGGCAUUGCAAUAUUUCUGUUCUGGUGAAAACACUUCUCUCUCUCUCUCUCUCUCUCUCUCUCACACACACACACACACACACACACACACACAAACUGGACUGUGACUCCUUGCAUCUCAUUCAACUUCCAUAUUUUAUUUUAAAGAAUGUGGUUGUGCCCUGAAGGAAUGGGAUUUAAGAAGUUUAUUAGCACAUUUUAUACUAGUUAAUUAUUUAAGGAUGCUUAAUAUAAUAACAAUAGUUAAAUAUAUGAAAAAUGUGGAGAGAGCUUGGGCAUUAAGCUAUUAUAGUUGAUUUCUUGCUCUACUCCACCCAAGAAUGACUGGGAAGCUCUAGAAUACUUAUGUUGUAAUUGUUUCUUGCAGACUAUCACAGUCUCUAUACACUGGUUUUGGCUGUGAUUGUGAUGAAUGCAUCUUUUAUGGCUUAUUUGCAAGAAAGAUGAGGAAGUGCAAAUAAGUCUGUGCCAGAUGCAAUAUAGGUUGUGUUACCCUGCUACUGUGUGGCUCAUUUCAACUUCUGUCACUGCUGUAUCUUUAAGCUGUUGUUCUUUUUUUUUUUUUUAGUUGAUGAAAAGGCAGAGAAAGCCAAAGGCCUGGAUUUGGAAAUAAUCAGUGUAUGAAUUUUGGAAACAUAGCAUUCCUUUAUACCCAUCCGUGACUGUGCUAGUGUUCAGUAUAAAUAUUGGUAUACUUGAUAAGUCUGUUCCAAGAGAAUACAAAUUGAACUGUUAGUUACUGAGGAAGGAUAGCCUUAGAACAUGGUUAUUGGCAGAAAUAGAUGGUGAAAGCUUCCAGCUUGCUUCUUCCAUUGAUCAGGUGCUUCCUUUCUCAAGAGUUUUCAUGGACAUAGCAAUAUCUAUGACUGCAUCUCCUGCUUAGGCAUUAUGUUAAGACUGAAAUGAAAGCCAUUCUGGACUCGAAUUUUUCUAGGACUUUUAGUUAAUCUCAGCUCCAAGCAGUUUGGAUGCAUGUACAGUAUUUGACUCUUGCCUUGUUCCAGGGUUUUGCAGCACACUGAGAAAAAUGCCCUAUCCUCCUGCCACCAAAUGUGUUUUUAGGUCUUGGAUAAAAAAUGCUUCUUCUAUUCUAGCAUCGGAUUGGGCUGAAGUAGCACCAUUUAUGCUGCUUCUACCAGUACUCCAUAUGUUCCCCUUUUCAAAAAGAUGUCUGUCUUCUGUAGACUUUUUACCUUGUAUGUGUCCAGGAUCACUCUAUGAGAACACUCUGUAGAUGUUAAGAUGGAUGAAGGAACUGUUGCUUCUCUUGUGAAUGGAAAAUCACAUCAUUCAAAUCAAACUCCAAUAAUCUUUUUAUUCUAUACAUGUUAAAUGUGUCAGCUCAUAUAAACUGGCCUUAGACUUUUUUAGAACUGAACUUGGGGCGGGGAGGAGUCUAUCUGAACUUAAGGUACAUGCCAAUUCUCUCCCCACCCCACCACACCCCAAAAUAAAAAUCUAGAAUAGCUUCAAGUGGUGAGCUGUGCUGGCUUGUUUGCUGCUCUUCCAGACCAGACCAGUGGUACUUUUUGAGUAAGUUUCACUAUACCUGUGAAACUGAAAUGGGUUGGGUGAUACCUCACUCCUACAUUGUCUCCUUUUGCAUGAUCAGUAUGAAUGUCUAUAAACAGGAUUUUCUGCUAUACUUGUACCUGAAGAGGGCAGGUAGAUUUUUGGUAACAGGCAGUUUGGUUUACAGUGUAGACACUUUUUGCUAAUUGUGAUGUAUGGCGGUCAAACUGAUUUGUAAUAAAAUUGUUAUUUAAUCUGUCUUUGUAUUUUGAUACUUGAACUAUUUCCUUUUUAUUUCCUGUAUAUAAAAAUUGUUAAACUGUCCAGGUUUUUUGUGGUACCAAACAUAACCAAUCUGUGCAACAAUAUAGACUGACCUCACUACAACAAGGCGAGACUGUAAAUAUUCCUGGGCUUCCAGCAGUCGUUUUGUUGUUUGUUUUCAUAAUUGUACAACUUAGAACAGACUAAAUUAAUAAAAUUAGACACAUCUCUCUA